AUGAAUAAAAACCAAGCGUUGCACAAAAAGAAAAUGAAUCAACCGAUUGAACUAUUUAUCACUGGUGCAUGCGCCGAGGGUCAAGGUUAUUGUCGACAACUCGGUGGUAAUGAUAUUGGUCCAGAUAUUGAUUGUAUGUUUACACUUGGUACAUUAAAUUCUGAAGAUGAAUUAAUUUCAGUUGAAAAAUGUCCUCUCUUUGUUCGUGUAAAAUGGAACAAUACAUCAUUAGCAUCAUUACCACAUAGCGAUGAUAAACAAUAUGUAAAUGCUUUUAAAAUGAAACAAAACUAUUCAAAGUUUGUAAAGAAUAAUUUUCAAAAUCAAUUAUUUAGAACACAAUCAAUUGUUGAAACAUCAUCUCAGUCAGCUGCAGUAAAAAUGCGUGUCGGCGGAAUAAGAGAAAAUUUUGAUCAAAAUAGUUAUUCACAGAGUUUUAAAGAAGCAUUGGACACAAUAAAAGAAAAUCGAAAAGAUAUAAAUUUUAUGAUAACAUUAAAAGAAAAUUUUAGGAUUUAUUAUCAAUAUUCGUUAGAUUCAGAUGAUAUUCUGGGACCGAUAUGGCAUGAUGUGUAUGCUCCUGAUCGUCCGGAACUAAGUGAGAAUAACAUAUCUAUACAUCUAACAACUCCGGCAUUUAAUAUACCAUUAGCAUUCGAUUACAAACAAAAAAUAAGAGCAUUAAUUCAAUUUUACAAAAAACAUAAACAUUUAAGUCAUCCUAAUUUACUUUCUAAUACGUUUGAAAUAAUUAAUUCAAUACCGGAGCUGGAUUUCGACUUGGUCCCAGCAUUAGAAUUAAAAUUUUGGCCAAAAAAUAUAAAGCCAUUUUUAAACCGUCUAAGACAAAAUCGUCCCGAUUUAUAUGAUAAAAUCUGUAAAACGCGUAUGCACUUGGUGACAAAAGCAUCACCAAUAUCAUCAGAUAAUAAUAAAGAAUUUGAUUUUAGAUAUUCAUUUUCAGCAAUUGAAUUAAUAUUAGCUGAGGGACGAACAAGAAAUGAAAAAUUAUUAAAUAGUGUCGCUAAGAGUAUCUAUUAUAAAUAUUUAUAUAAAAAAACGGCAUCCCAAGAAGAUAAAGAACAAUAUAUUCCAUCAUAUUUUGUUAAGACAACAAUAUUUUGGAUGUGUGAACAAAAACAUUAUGAGUUGAAUAAAAUCGAUGGAACAAACGAUGAAGAAAUUGAGAAGAAAUUGGCACUAGAAUGGAUUCAAUAUACCUCCAAAUUAUUAUGGAAUGGUGUAGUAAAACAUUAUUUUUUAGAAGAAGUUAAUAUUCUCGAUUCAUAUCCGAUUGAUUCAGUAACCAUUGCUUGGGAUAUACUAAAAAAUGGAAUUGAUUUAGAUAAUCGAGCAUUCAUAUCAGCAACAGAAAAAGUUCGUGAUGGACUACUAAAACUUAAAUGUGAGCAAUAUGUUGAACAUCAACGUUUCAAGAAAAAUUUAUCUAUAAUUGAUAUUAAACAAGCAAGAGAUGAUUUUCUACAAUUGAAAGAACAAUGGUUUCCUGAUGCUAUUAAAUUUGAUAGUUGUGAUGUAUUAGACGUAUUAAACGAUAUUGCUUUAUUUGACGAUAAUGGUAAUGAUGAUGAUACAUGGUCAACAUGGGAAGUAUUAAUUUGCGAUUAUGAUAAUUUAGAAAUAUCACCAUUAUCAUAUGAAAUUUCUAAUUGUGAUCCAGCAAGUUUAGCUUAUGAAUUAUGUGAAUCAGCAUUUAUUUUAAAAAAUAUAAUUGAUUUAGUAUCCAAUGUUGAUUAUAUAAAUGAAAUAAGAUUAUUUAACAAAGAAGAAUUUAAAAAAUAUAUACCUUCAUAUUAUAAUAAUUUAAAUUUAAUGAAAUUAGUAUCUCAAAAUCAUAUUACAGAAGAUUCAAUUUCAAAAAUGUUAUUAUUAAUGCAACCGACCGCAGCAGAAAAUUAUUUAUCAGUAGAAAAACGAUCUGUAUUACAAGCACAUCCAGAUGGUCCUCAACCACUUCAAUCAUCCCAACUAAUGUGGAGAAAUAUCUUUACUGAUCUGACUGAUACAUUGAAAAAGAAAUGUAAUUAUACAUGUUCCAUUGAUUAUUUAACUAUGUUCAACGAUAAUCGUCAACCGAUACAAGAGGAAAUUACAGCCAAAUACUUAGAAAUUGCAUUUGAUGCUAUACAAUAUAUGUCACUUGAAACAUUUUCUAAUGCAAUUAAGCCACAACUACAUACACCUGUUAUGCCAACAGGUAUACCUCCAUUACCAGAAACUUUUGAAUUAAGUGAAGCAACCUGUCAAUUAAUAGCUGGAAAAGCGAUCAUAAAGUCGUUCAUGGAAUUGCAUUCAGAGCGAAUGCUGUUCGAUCUUAUCGACCUAGUUGAUAAUUUGAAAACAAAAUGUAAUUAUAUAUCACCAAUUGAUUACUCAAGCAGAUUCAAUCAUAAACUUCAGAUGACAUACGACGAAUAUACAGAAGUAUAUUCUGAAAUUACAUUCGAUGCUAUGCAGCAUAUACCAUAUGAUAUACUUUUUAAUGCUAUUAUGUCUAAAAAUGAUAUAUUAAAACAUAAUAUGAUGAAAAGUCAAUCUACAACUCGAGAUUUAAAAACAGAAAACCUUUCAAAUCCACCAAUAAUAUCAUCGUCUCGAAAACUCUAUUAUUUAUCUGUACCACGAGAUCAUUCAUGUUGUUUUACAAGUUUAUAUUUUCUAUUAGUUUCUUCGACAGAUUAUGAAUUUCUUUCUAAUCAAGCUUAUCGUGCUAUACGUGUACAAGAAUUAAGAGAUACCAUAGCACAAAUAAUUGAAGAAGAUCCAAAUAGAUAUACAGAUGUCAUAUUAGAUAAAUCACCGAUAGAUUACUGUCAAUGGUUGCGUCGUUCAGAUAGCUGGGGUGGUGAUAUUGAAUUAUCUAUAUGUUCUAUUUUAUAUUCAGUUGAAAUUUGUGUAAUCAAUCUACAUUUACAAAGCCCAAAUGCUGUCAUUAUCCGUAUAGGAGAAAAUUUUCAGUCUCCAACAAGAAUAUUCUUAACUUACGAUGGUACACACUAUAAUCCAGUAUUUACCCUUAUAGACAAUAAGAUAAACACACAUGUUCAAUGCGAUGAUAUUGAAAUAAUGAAGUUAGCUCAAAAUAAACGAAUUGAAGACUUUUCAUCUUUUAAAAACGAUGAGCAGCAAUCAACAUUAGUGAAGAACAGAAAAAUUCAUUCAAAUAGAUCUCAAUUCGAUAACUUUCAGUCACAAGUCUUGGCAAAUAUUCUAGUGGAUUUCGUAGAUAACAUAAAACAAAAAUAUAAUUAUAUAUCACCAAUUGAUUAUUUAACCAUGUUCAAUGAUAAUCGUAAACCAACAUUUGAAGAAUAUGUAAGCAAAUAUAUGGAGAUUCAAAUUGACGCUUUGCAACAUAUCUCAGUCGAACAAUAUCUCAAUGUUGUUAUAUCUCAACAGCAUAUAUCCGACAUCUCGUUGAUGAACACAGCUCAGCAAAAAAGUUAUGAUAGACUUUCGAUCUUUAGGAAAUUAGUAACUACUAAUGAAAAUAGAUUAUCAAAUAACGAUGUACAACAACAAUCUAAUAAAGAAGAGACGCGAUCAAUUUCGUCCUCACUGUCAUCAUCACCGUCUACUGCUUCAUCUGUAAGAACACAACCAAGUAUCAAAACAUCAAAUUUGCCUGAAGACAACACUUAUGAAUUGUUAUUACAACAAUGUAGUAAACGAUUCCAGUGUAGAGUAAAAAAGAAGCCUGUAACAUUCAGCACUAUUGAUCAGCUACACUAUUGUACCAAGCCAUACCAAGAAAAGCCUGUGAAUGCAUGGAUGGGAUGGGAUGUUAUGCUAUUUUUCAAAGAGAAAAACCUUCUUGACAUGGCAUUAUUGUUUCUAAAUGCCGAUGGAAAUGAACUAAUAGAAGUAUUUAAUUCAUGCGAAACGAACGGUCUAAAAAUGUAUGAUUAUUUAAAUGAAGAAUUACAAAACAAUUAUUUCACUACAUUAUCCAUAAUAGAAUACCAUCGUUUCGUUAGUGAGCUUAGAAAAUAUAUUCAGCUACUACCAUUACGACCAGUUGUGAAAAAUGCAAAAACAUGUACAAUUUUUUAG